AUGUCAUCAGGACAAAGAUCUCUAAUUUCAUAUUUUCAAAGAAAAGAAAAUAUAGAAGAGUGUAACAACAAUUUCAUAAAAAGAAAAAAACUCAAUGAUAAUUCAAAUAAUAUUAUAAAUGAUAGUACAACCAAUAGACAUUUACUUUCAAAUACUGAAGCAUCAUCGGGUAUGCAAUCAAAUAUUAAUGAAAAUUAUUCAUUAUCCGCAACAAUAAUAACAACAAAUGACAAUACAAAACAACCUAAUAAAGGUGAAUUUCGUUGUAUAUAUCGUGAUUACUGGAAACCAACAAUAUCAUUCUAUGCUGAGAUGAAUGCAAGAACCAGAGAUGUUUUUUCUACACAACUUUUUGUCAAUUGGAAAAAUGCACCUGGGCGAUGUGGUACCUUACAAAAACACCAAGAAUCUACUUAUCAUAAAACAGCUGUACAAAAUUUAUCAUUUCGGCAAACAGAAGGAUCAGUAGUACAACAAUUAUUUAAUGUUAGUGAAUUAGAACGUAAAGAAAAUUGUCAAAGAUUUGGUGAUCUAUUAGAUGGCGUAUAUUUUUUAUUUAAACAUGAACUUCCACAUACAACAUUAUAUGCACCAUUACUGGAAUUAUUAUCGAAAAUUGACCGUAGUAAAAUAAUAUCAACAUUUUUUGAUAAAUAUCGACAGGAUGCUACCUAUGAUAGUACAACAACGGUAAAAAAAUUAUUACAAUCAACAAGUGAAGUAAUAGAUAAACAAGUCUUAACAAAAAUUUGUGAGUCAAGAAUUAUUUCAAUUAUGGCUAAUGAAGGCACAAAUAUAAACCAUCAUCAAAACUUUGCAAUCAGUAUACGCUAUUGUAAUCAAGAUACAGGUGAGCCAACAGAAUCAUUCAUUACUUUACUAAAAAUUAAAAAUAAAGAUGCACAAUCAAUAUUUGACACAAUUGUUAAAGAACUAAAAUCUAAAAAUAUUGAUAUGAUAAAAAUUCGUUUUACUAGCUUUGAUGGUGCAUUUGUUUUCAGUGGGGAAUUUAAUGGUGUAUCAGUGAAAUUUCGUCAGACAUAUUCAGAUUCAAUAUUGUUUAUUCAUUGUUGUACUCAUAUAUUACAAUUAUGUUUAUUAUCGGCAUGUGAAGAUAUACUUGAAGCACAAGAAAGUUUAGUAACAUUGAAAUCAUUAUUCAAUUUUAUUAAUUAA